GAAAGGGGAAGAAUCAGAUGGUCAUGCUACUACUGUAUAACUUUAACAGCUACAAUUUAGUCCGAGACUUGCUGCACUUCCUUAUCAUUCUGGCCCAGGAAGACUGAACAGAGAAGCAUCUCAGCCCUCUCUUUUGUUGUUGUUUAUUUUUCUAAUUCACCGGUGGGAUUUCUGAAGAUGGAAAAAGGUUUCCAACCACAGGGUGCUGCUCCACCCUACCCUGGACCUCCGAUGAAUUAUGGCGGAACCGGGCCACUGCCUGGAAUGCAUGCUCCACCAGUUUAUCCAUCUCAGCCAGGCUUCCCUGCUCAGCCAGACUUCUCCGCUCAGCCAGGCUUCCCUGCUGCCCCAGCUGGAUAUCAGGGAGGUGUUGGAUUUGCUCCUGCAGUCGGUACACCAGCAGUGUCUCACGUGGUAGUAUCACCAGCACUAACUGAAAUCCCUGGACAGUUUAUGUGUCCUCACUGCCAGCACACUGGGAUCACUAAUACAACACAAACACCAGGACUGCUUGCCUGGGCCAUUUGUGGAGGGUUGACCCUCUUAGGGUGCUGGCUUUGCUGCUGUAUCCCUUUCUGCCUCGAUUCCUGCCAGGAUGUGGAGCAUCGCUGUCCAAACUGCCAAAAUCUCGUCUACAUAUACAAACGUAUGUGAACCCCGUUUCACAAGAAAUGAAUGGAGAGAGAGAGAGAAAAAAAACUGAUUUAAUCGUACUUAAUAUAACAAUAUCAAAA